AUGGACCUCAUCUUGGAGUACGCCGACUACUACGCGCUGGAUGCAGUGUACCCCGCCGACAUGCCGCGGGACUCGAUCUCGCGCCAGAUCGCAUCGAUCACGGGCAUCACGUUGGUCGGGGGGUAUCUGCUCUACCUCAUUGGUGCCGGCUUUGCGUACCAGUUCUGGUUCGACAAGGAGCUGAUGAAACAUCCAAAGUUCUUGAAAGACCAAGUCAAGAGCGAGAUCGUGGCGUCCUUGAAGUCCAUCCCGGUCAUGGUCAUGCUCACGCUGCCGUGGUUCCUCGCCGAUGUGCGCGGCUACUCCAAGACGUACACGGAGUUCGGGAAGUACGGCUACGGCUUCGAAGCGAUGGCCGUCGUCUGGUUCGUCUUCUUCUCCGACAUGUUGAUCUACUGGUUCCACCGCUGGCUGCACCACCCGCUCAUCUACGCGCCGCUGCACAAGCCGCACCACAAGUGGAUUAUCUGCUCCCCGUUCGCAUCGCACGCCUUCCACCCGGUAGAUGGCUACAUCCAGAGCCUGCCCUACCACUUCUACAUCAUGCUCUUCCCCAUCCACCGCGGCCUGUUCCUCGCCCUCUUCGCCGCCGUCAACUUCUGGACCAUCAGCAUCCACGACGGGCUCUACCUCUCGCACAACAAGGUCGUCAACGGGGCGCUGCACCACUCGGUGCACCACGAGCUGUUCGUCUACAACUACGGACAGUACUUCACGCUCUGGGACCGACUGUGCGGCUCGUACCGUGAACCCCCAAGCACCGGGUACUCUGUGCCCAAAGCCAAGAAGAAACUUUGA